UAUCUGCUGUAUCAGGCCCGAACCGCGUGCAUCUUUCCCACACUUACUAUCAGCUUACACACUGACGAAAAGUAAUAUGAAGUGGAAGCAAUUCGCUAAGCUCUACAUCGCUUUACUUCUGUUGGCCAACUUUCACCAGAUGUCGUCCACGCCGUCGUCUAAAAAAGUAAACACAAGGACUAAGAUGGACGACCCGACAGACAACUACGUAUACGCGUGUCUCAAGUAUGACUACCAGGUUCAUGAAGCCUUAGCCUCUACAAAGCCACCCUUUGACAACUACUUCAACAUUUCCCGUGCUAUCUAUCCAUCCGAAGAUGUAUCCUCUAAACUUGUCAAUAUCUGGGUGCAUUUUACCAACUCCUCUGUUAAUCUGACAGAGGUAAAUCAACUGAAGUUCAUUUGGAGUCGGUCUUGUUUGUACGUGAGUGAUCGAUACCUCAGUCUAAGAGCAAUGGGUCUCUAUUCCUUGUUUACCAUUUGGCCUGACAGGGGGCAAGAAGACCUUCAUAUAACACUAUAUCAGUUUUGUGAUCCACGGCAGACAAAGAGAAAACUUAUUAACUUUUUGUCAACGCUGGAGGACAUCGCAAUAAGUCCAUCCUCGUUCAACCCAUCGCUGAACAGUGUUGAAUGUGUUGCAGACGGAGGUUACGAAAACCACCUCAAGAACAUUAACAAGGCCUUCCCUCAAAUCUGCUGGCUAAUCCUAUUUUCUUCUCUAAUAGGAAGCAACUUAAUACGCAUGUUAGUUUUAAAAUAUUGUAGAGGUGAAAGUAGUAGGGCAAAAUCGAUUCUGUCAUUAGUAUUUGUUGUUCUCUUGUGUGGGACGAUUGUUGCUAUCGUCGCUGUUAUUUACAGUAGGCAGGCCCAAAUCAUUUAUCCUUUAACGUAUCUUUUAUUCAUUCUUUUAAUUUUUUUACUUUGUUCUGCUUAUUACUUGUUUCAGGCGGGUAACGAAGAUAACAAAAUCAAUAUCGUGUGUUUAAAAUUUGGAAAUGACGGAAAACUACAUUCGGAAAGUAUAUUACUAUGGACGACAUAUCCCGGAAUUUUUAUAGCCGUUCAUCACGCCCUAUGGGUGAUGAUCGGUAUUAUUACUGAGCCUUAUUGGGCCCUACCAGUGGCAACAUCAUUCAUCAUGUUUGCAUUUUUAUUUUAUGUUUUGUCUGCGCUUUAUUUCUCGCCGAAGUAUCCCAAAAAGUGGGAUACUUCGGCGAAAAUUAACUUUGGAUUCAUGAUUGCUGCAGGCAUUUCCGUCGUGAUGGUUCAACUCUCGUUUCUUUUAGUCGGAAAUCAGUUCUUUGACGAAAGCCUGCUCUCAAGUGCUAUUCAGAGCGCUUUGGUCGUCAUGAUAAGCAUUUGGUUCCGCUCCAUCAAAGACGAGAAAGCUAAUCAUCAACCUGGAAAAAUCAGCGGAAUCUUUAACAUGGGAGUAUUUGACAGUCUGUUGCAACCCCCAGAGAGGAAGGCGUUGUUUAUGGUGGGAACUGGAAAUAGCGAAAGAAAGGGGAUUGGAUGUGCAGUAGAAUGUGAGGGGAAAUAUUAUGUGCUCACGUGUAGAGAUGUUGCCAGCCCUGAAGACGCAGGAGCAGACAAUGAGCACGAAUUUAUCUUAGAUCGCUAUUGUUCGAAUAAUCCAAAGCAUGUCGGCAAACAUCGCCCGAAAGCCCUAGAUAUUCUGUGCGAUGACAAGCGUAGUUUUCUCCUUCUCCCAGAUGACGAAGUUUUGUGUUCGCAUUUCCUUUUGAGUGCAGACAGUAAAAAGAAAGAGAAGGUUUACUCAUAUUUUCUCAGUGAUGAUGGAAAACGAGCACAAUCUAUUGAUUGGUCGUACAAUAACAACACGAGGAAGUACUCCAUUGGGCGUGACCUCGACAGAAAAAACUUUCUUGGUUCACCGGUGCUAUAUUCUGAUAAGACGGAUAAAACCUUUGUGGUUGGAGUGGUUGGUAAGGAAGAGAACACUUAUCACCCAAUUUUCUUCGAGAGCGCCUCACUUCCUUAUCCUGGUGCUCCCAGUCAAGUAUAUAUUGUACCGGUUCCACGUGAAAUAACUGAGGACAGGCUGACGUUGACGUGGGCAGCACCUAAAGACAAUGGAGGAGUUAUAACAGAGUAUACAGUCUAUCAAAGAAAAGUUAAUGGCUCACCUUCUGACUGGGAAAGAAAGCCAACUGGUCUACACUCUCUUCAGCAUGAAAUCGUUGGUUUAGAAAGGGGGAAAAUAUAUGAAUUCCAAGUAACUGCCACAAACCGGUAUGGUGAGAGCCCAAAAGGGGAGGACGCGACAAGGGGAGUAAGAGUGUUGGGUGUUCCCAAUCAAGUGAAAAUUGUAGAAUAUCCAAGUGAAAUAAUUGAAGACAGAGUGACCUUGACGUGGAGAGCACCUGAAGACAAUGGUACAGUUGUAACACAGUAUACAGUCUAUCAAAGAGAAGUCAAUGAAGAUGGUUCACGUUCUAACUGGAAAGGAGAGGCAACUGGUCGAGACGUUCUUCAACAUGAAGUCGUUGGUUUAGAAAGCGGGAAAAUGUAUGAAUUCCAAGUAACUGCCACAAACCGGUGUGGUGAGAGCACAAGGGUAGAGAAGGGCCCAAACAUAGUCCAAAUUGCAUGUGUUUCACCUGAUUCAUUAUUGGAGUUUUUGCUAUUCAAGAUUUUUUCGUUUCUCAACAACACGAUCUGGUCUUGGCGGAAUUGGACGGAAGCCUGGAAAAAUCAGUGGAAUCUGUAACAUGGGAUAAUUGACGGUCUGUUGCAACCCCCAGAGAGGAAGGCGUUGUUUAUGGUGGGAACUGGAAAUAGCGAAAGAAAGGGGAUUGGAUGUGCAGUAGAAUGUGAGGGGAAGUAUUAUGUGUUCACGUGUAGAGAUGUUGCCAGCCCUGAAGACGCAGGAACAGACAAUGAGCACGAAUUUAUCUUCGAUCGCUAUUGUUCGAAUCAUCCAAAGCAUGUCGGCAAACAUCGCCUGAAAGCCCAAGAUAUUCUGUGCGAUGACAAGCGUAGUUUUCUCCGUCUCCCAGAUGGCGAAGUUUUGAGUUCGCAUUUCCUUUUGAGUGCAGAUGAUAAAAAGAAAGAGAAGGUUUACUCAUAUUUUCUCAGUGAUGAUGGAAAACGAGCACAAUCUAUUGAUUGGUUGUACGAUAAUACUACAAGGAAUUACUCUUUAUCCGUUGAUCGUGAUCUCGACAGAAAAAACUUUCUUGGUUCACCGGUGCUAUAUUCUGAUAAAAACGAUAAAACCUUUGUGGUUGGAGUGGUUGGUAAGGAAGAGAACACUUACUACCCAAUUUUCUUCAAGAGCGCCUCACUUCCUAUUCGUGGUGCUCCCAAUCAAGUACAUAUUGAAGCAGUUCCAUUUGAAAUAACUGAGGACAGGGUGACGUUGAAGUGGACAGCACCUAAAGACAAUGGAGCAGUGAUAACAGAGUAUACAGUCUAUAGAAGAGAAGUCAAUGAAGAUGGUUCACGUUCCGACUGGGAAGGAAAGCGAACUGGUCUAGACAUUCUUCAGCAUGAAGUCGUUGGUUUAGAAAUCGGAAAAUUGCACGAAUUCCAAAUAACCGCCAAAAACCGAUGUGGUGAGAGCCCAAGAGGGGGGAAAGCGACAAUCAGAGUGAAAGUGUUGGGUGCUCCCUAUCAAGUACAUAUUGUAAGAGCUCCACGUGAAAUAACUGAGGACAGGGUGACGUUGAAGUGGACAGCACCUAAAGACAAUGGAGCAGCAAUAAAAGAGUACACAGUCUAUAAAAGAGAAGUCAAUGAAGAUGGUUCACGUUCUGUCUGGGAAGGAGAGGCAACUGGUCCAGACGUUCUUCAACAUGAAGUCGUUGGUUUAGAAAGCGGAAAAAUGUAUGAAUUCCAAGUAACUGCCACAAACCGGUGUGGUGAGAGUUUAAGGGUAGAGGAGGGCCCCAACAUAGUCCAAAUUGCAUGUGUUUCACCUGAUUCUAUUGGAGUUUUUGCUGUUCAAGAGCUUUUCGUUUCUCAUCAACAUGAUCUGGUAUUGGUGGAAUGGGACGGAAGGUGGAAAACUCUACGAUUUACUAGAAUUCAAUUAAAUGAAUCAAAUGUGUGGAGUGCGCUGUCUGUUAGACUUUUAUAG